AGAGUCUCACAUUGAGGAGACCCGCGCUGAAUCAUUCAGUGCUGAUAAAAGGCAGCCUGUUUGCCAGAGACACAGAGAGAACAGCAGUGGGAGGAGGACAGAGCAGCAGUGGAGCCUCCUUUAUUUUCAUUCACUUCCUCUGUUGUGUGCACUGACGGCAGCUCUGCGCAGCCUGUCUUCUUGAUGACCAGAGUGAAUAUCGAAAAGAGCGUCAUCUGAUCUCAUGCAGUCACAGCAACAUGCAGAGGAGGGGCACAAUCCAGAAGGCUCCAGGACUAUAUUUUCGGGGGAUCGAGGGAUGUCUUCUGGUGAACAAAUUCUAACAUCUCCAGAAAUGACUCAUGAAGUAGUAGUGAUCUCUCCUGGCCUCCCCACUCCUCCCCUGAGCCCGUAUCACUCAGCAAGGUUUCCCUCUGGAGAGUAUAAGGUUUCAGAUGUGAAUGGAAGUGGCUCGACUACUCUCAGUUUUGGAUCCUACUAUGGGCCCUCAAGGACAAAUGGAGGCAUGUCCAAUGGCAUCAAGAGCCCCACCACUUUACCCCGCAGUUGGACGCCCACUAGAGAGGAAAGACUGAUCAAAUAUUCAGGAAUUGGCCCUGUGGAUGAGACUGGGAUGCCAAUCGCCUCUAGAUCAAGUGUAAACAAGCCCAGAGACUGGUACAAAAGCAUGUUCAGGCAGAUUCACAAGAAGCCAGAGGAGUUGGACUUUGAAGAUUCAGAGCGGUGGUCAGCUAAAGUAAUCCAACAAGAAAACACAGAAAACAACAAUGAACCGGACACUAAUCUCUUCAGACUGACACCACAUGGGGCCUUACCAGACUGGAGUGAGGACGUAGAUAAGCUGUCAGACAUAGACAAGAAGCAGCGCCAACCAAGGAGUAUAUUCGACUAUGAGCCCGAACUGAGCACCGCCUCCAAGAACAACACGCAGACCUAUCUACCCGUAUCUCCAAAGAAGGAGCCAGAACAACCCAAGUCACCUUCAAUUGAGGACACUCUUGUCUCUGAGCUGAGCCAAUUUGAGGCAGAGCUGGACUCGGAGAUCCAGGGCCUGGAGAGGAGACUGUCCCAGAAGAGGCAGAAGCAGCAACGUCCUGCCUGGGGUGAGGAGCCUAAAGGUAGACACAUGACAACAGCCCCAAAGACAGACACUAACAGUCAUUUAUCCACAUCAAAACAUCCAAACCAGCGAUCCGUGGGCUCGUCCCCUGCCUCGACUCCUACAUAUGAUCGACUUUCUCCUGCAAAUGAAAUCAUGGCACUGCCACCAAAGAAAGAAGAAAAAAAGAUGAAAGCAGCACGAGCCAAGUUCAGUUUCCAAGCUCAGUCGCCUAAGGAGCUCACAUUACAAAAAGGGGACAUUGUCUACAUCCACAGACAGAUAGAUGCCAAUUGGUUUGAAGGAGAGCAUCAUGGGAGAGCUGGGAUUUUUCCCACAACUUAUGUAGAGGUUUUGGCUCCUACUGAAAAACCUACACCCAUAAAGUCACCCACAUUACAGGUGUUGGAGUACGGAGAGGCUGUGGCUCUAUAUAACUUCAAUGCAGACUUACCUGUUGAACUGUCAUUUCGUAAAGGUGAGGUUAUCGAUAUAACCCGCUGCGUUGAUGACAAGUGGCUGGAGGGAAGAAUCUCAGGGACAAACCGGAGUGGUAUUUUCCCGGCCAGUUACGUCCAGGUCAACAAGAUGCCCCGCACCAAAUACAGCACAGAUGACCUCUCUGUGCCCAUGUCACCCCUCUCCCCGGGACCCCAGAGCCCAGGCCGUCCGCUUUACUCCCCACGAUCCCCUUUUACAUACAGCUCCUUAAGUCCAAAGCCAGACCACUCCCCUCUAAGGCAAACUUCACCUGUCAGCUACGGAAGCCCACAGUCACCACGCUCCCCUUCACAAACGCCUGUCCCCAAAGAAGCUUAUAAGUGGCCAAAUAGCUUGAGAACAGCUUCACCGACCGGACCAAACGGCCAAUGGACACAAAACCACAGCUCCAUGGCUCGAUCUGUCUCACCCUCCACUCAGUCGCCUUUGUCUGUGCACAAAGCUACAACUUCACCAGCUUCAAACACUCCCAGGCACUCUGAGCAUUUGCAGGGGGGGACAGUAAGUCAUACAGCUCCUAACAGCAUACAGUCACAUCUGCCAAAAAAUAACACAGGCUCAUCAGCGGUGCAACGUCAGCCGUAUAAAGCUGUUUACAACUACAAACCACAGAAUUCAGAUGAGCUGGAGCUUAGAGAGGGAGACAUUGUGCAAGUGAUGGAGAAAUGUGAUGAUGGCUGGUUUGUAGGUACGUCAGAUCGAACUCAUGCUUUUGGGACAUUUCCAGGAAACUAUGUAGCUCCAGUGUAACCGCCUCACCUCCAUCUGGACUCUAUGUUUAUCACUUCACCUCACAGCGACUGCUCUUCUCAGCCUGCUUUGCAUGUUGCACUUAUUACAAGGACACUGUGUGGUUUCUUCUAGGCCACUUUCACACAUUGAAACACAUACUGGAGGUUUUUACACCCAUAAUUUAAAGGAAAAAAUGAAUGAUGAUGAUGGCACUGAAGCAAAAUCAAAGAAUGAAUCAUUUUGUUCCACAACUAUCUGCAGCUGCAGGAAAAUGACAUUCCUUCCCACUGAACAGCACUGCUGUCUUGAACUGUGUGAUGUUGUUGCCAUGAUGCCAUCACAGACCACUGCUGUAACUUUUCAAUUUGGUUGACAUAUUUUGUAGCACUUUUUUCUUCAACUGUGUUCAUACUUGCUUUUAGAUCUCUGAGAAAACACCUGUGCCGAUUGUGGGAACCAACUUCUGUGCCUUAAGAAGAGGGCAUUUUAUAUCAAGAUAAGUUUGUCUUUAUAAUUGUGCAAACCAAUAUCUAGUAUACAACUUAUAAGGUUUAAAUGUUAACAACUUCAGUUGUAAAGUGUAUUGAUUUGGUGCUCUGAAAGAAACUAACUGAAUGUGCUAAAUGUGUUUUAAAUUGUGUCAACAGUGUUAAGCUGCCUAUCAAUAUUAUGUGUCUAAUAAGUGCCUGCCCUAAUCAUUCCCUCCACUUAACAAAAGAUAUUGUUGCCACUGCUGCUUUUUCUACACUAGUGUAUCAAUGAUAAGUAUUGCAUUUGCUACAAAAGAAAGAAAUCACCGAAAAGCAUUUCUAUUUUGGAAAAAAAAAUGUAUUAAAAGUUGGUAAUUGUUGUACAUUUGUAACUUUUGAUCAAACUGAAAAUAUAAUAUAUUUGCUUACAAAGCUAUGUGUUUUGAGUGUAUGGUAUGCUUUUGAAGGCAAAUAAACACAUAUAGUGUUAUACA